AUGGAUUCACCUUUCUUGCAUUAUGUUCAAUAUCUAAUGGUAGUUGGAGGUAUUUUCCCCGUCGGUUUAAUUAAUUCACACAAACGCAUAUACAUUUUAUACCGAUAUGUAACGCACGCACUUUUAUUCUUAUUCCUCUUUUGUUUAUUUGAUGGGAAUAAGGAUUUCCAUGGAUCCAAGGAAAUGUUAUUUAAGUAUAUCAAUGACAGAAUCUUGGUUAUUGUUAUAUAUAUAAAUUUAGUAACGAGCAUGUCAGAAAAUUUUGACGAGUUAAUAUUUGAGAUGAUCGCAUACGAAGCAGAGCUGGCAGACGUCGGAACCGAAAAACAUUUAAAGAUAAACGAACAAAUAGUCACAAAGACCAGAAGAGUGCAGGUGUUUUAUAUGUCAAAUAUUUUGGCUUGUUAUGUAGCUUUGGUUGUCCCUGCUUUUGUUGAAUACGCGGUAGUACAAGCCUCAGAAAAGAGUACCAAUAUUACCAUAAAUACGUAUACAGCCACACCUUACGAAUUUUGGGUACCAUUUGAAGAAAGCAAGCAUUACUUAGCGUUGCUACUAAUUCAAGCUUAUUACUUCGCUUUAAUGGGGGUCAGCAUUUAUUGCCCCUUUCAGAUUAUUUUGAUUAAUCUGUUCCUCACUGUCAUUUUAAGACUAAAGAUGUUAAGAGCAAACAUAGAAAGUAUGAACGAUAUUGACACGCUUGAUGUGAACAAAUUUAUAAGGAUUUACGCUAAAGAACAUAUAGACAUAAUGAGGAAUUGCAGAUUUCUGAACGACACUAUGAAAUAUGCGAUGUUAUUGGAAUUUUUAAUUACAUCUGGCGAACUCUCCAUGUUUAUUUUCAUAGUUAUUAUGACAAAUAGCCCAAACUCGAAGAUGUUUUCAGGAGCUUGCAUUGUUAAUUUACUAGUAAAGAUACUAAUAUUGUGCUGGCACGCUGAUCAAAUCAGGGAGGAGAGUAUCGGAAUAUCUGAUGCCGUUUAUGAACUACCAUGGUUUGAAUACGACAAAAGCGAUGUAACAUCUCUUCACAUUAUUAUGAUGCGGUCUCAAAAACCACUCACACUUACAAUUGGUCCUUUUGGAACAAUGACUUUGGAGUUAGCAGUAAAGAUAUUUAAGGCAACUUACACAUACGUCACUUUCAUGCAAAACGUAUACGGGAAAUUAGACUAA